AUGGACAGCUUUUCGCGCUACACGACCGGUAACUGCCAUAAGUCAGCGUACGACGGCGUUUUCGGGGCAAAACAGAAGUUGGGUAGUCUGCCCCCAUCCACGCUCGCCCCACGCCUCGACGAGUAUGUUGAGAUUUUCGGCGGCUAUCAGGCGGCGGCGGCCUCGCCGCCCUUUUCGUUGUUUGUCCUCGAUCUCCCGCUCGACGAUGGGUCCAACAAGCUCCUUCGCGAAUUUGACUAUGCAGAGGUUUUUGGGGAUUGUGAGGACGUGGCUUUCGGCUCCACUUUUGAGGAUUUGGUCAGGCAGUCGAGCGGCGGCGACAGAGGCUAUGGCUCCUCGGAUUACGGCGAAGAUGAAUCAUGGGAUUUUUAA